AUUCCUGCGUUCACGCUCUGACGAAGGAAGCUGAGUAAGUCAUCCAUGAAGAUUAUUUCUCUUUAUUCAGAAGCAUAAAGUUGUUUGCUGAUUGCAAGAAGAUGUUUCUUUGGCUCUUUCUGAUUUUGUCAGCCCUGAUUUCUUCGACAAAUGCAGAUUCUGACAUAUCAGUGGAAAUUUGCAAUGUGUGCUCCUGUGUGUCAGUGGAGAAUGUGCUUUAUGUCAACUGUGAGAAGGUUUCAGUCUACAGACCAAACCAGCUGAAACCGCCUUGGUCAAAUUUUUACCACCUCAAUUUCCAAAACAAUUUUUUAAAUAUCCUCUAUCCAAAUACAUUCUUGAAUUUUUCACACGCAGUAUCUCUGCAGCUGGGAAAUAAUAAACUGCAGAACAUUGAGGGAGGAGCCUUUCUUGGGCUCAGUGCAUUAAAGCAGUUGCACUUGAACAACAAUGAAUUAAAGAUUCUCCGAGCUGACACUUUCCUUGGCAUAGAGAACUUGGAGUAUCUCCAGGCUGACUACAAUUUAAUCAAGUAUAUUGAACGAGGAGCCUUCAAUAAGCUCCACAAACUGAAAGUUCUCAUUCUUAAUGACAAUCUGAUUUCAUUCCUUCCUGAUAAUAUUUUCCGAUUCGCAUCUUUGACCCAUCUGGAUAUACGAGGGAACAGAAUCCAGAAGCUCCCCUAUAUCGGAGUUCUGGAACACAUAGGCCGAGUUGUCGAAUUGCAACUAGAAGAUAACCCUUGGAACUGUAGCUGCGAUUUGCUGCCUUUAAAAGCUUGGCUGGAGAAUAUGCCAUAUAACAUUUACAUAGGAGAAGCUAUCUGUGAAACUCCCAGUGACUUAUAUGGAAGGCUUUUAAAAGAAACCAACAAACAAGAAUUAUGCCCCAUGGGCACAGGCAGUGAUUUUGAUGUACGGAUCCUGCCUCCAUCUCAGCUGGAAAAUGGCUAUACCACUCCCAAUGGUCACACUACUCAAACAUCCUUACACAGGUUAGUGACCAAAGCACCCAAAACUACCAAUCCUUCCAAGAUCUCUGGAAUCGUGGCGGGCAAGGCCCUCUCCAACCGCAAUCUCAGUCAGAUUGUGUCUUACCAAACAAGGGUGCCUCCUCUUACACCUUGCCCUGCGCCUUGCUUUUGCAAAACACAUCCUUCAGACUUUGGACUGAGUGUCAACUGCCAAGAGAAAAAUAUACAGUCCAUGUCUGAACUGACACCGAAACCUUUAAAUGCCAAGAAGCUGCAUGUCAAUGGCAAUAGCAUCAAAGAUGUGGACAUCUCAGACUUCACCGAGUUUGAAGGACUGGAUCUGCUCCAUUUAGGCAGUAAUCAGAUUGCAGUGAUAAGGGGAUAUGUAUUCCACAAUCUCACUAAUUUACGCAGGCUCUAUCUCAAUGGCAAUCAGAUUGAGAGACUGUAUCCUGAAAUAUUUUCAGGGCUUCAUAACCUGCAGUAUCUGUAUUUGGAAUACAAUUUGAUUAAGGAAAUCCUAGCGGGCACCUUUGACUCCAUGCCAAAUUUGCAGUUGCUCUACUUGAACAACAAUCUCUUGACGAGCCUGCCCGUGUACGUUUUCUCUGGGGCACCCCUUGCCAGGCUCAACCUGAGGAACAACAAGUUCAUGUACCUGCCUGUCAGCGGGGUCCUCGAUCAGCUGCAGUCCCUCACGCAGAUCGACCUGGAGGGCAACCCGUGGGACUGCACUUGUGACUUGGUGGCCUUGAAGCUGUGGCUGGAGAAGCUGAAUGACGGGAUUGUGGUGAAGGAGCUGAAGUGCGAAACGCCUGUUCAGUUUGCCAACAUUGAGCUGAAGUCCCUCAAAAAUGAAAUCCUGUGUCCCAAAUUCUUAAACAAGCCAUCUGCGCCCUUCACCAGCCCUGCGCCCGCCGUUGCCUUCACCACCCCGUUGGGGCCCAUCCGAAGUCCUCCUGGCGGCCCGGUGCCUCUGUCCAUCUUAAUCUUAAGUAUCCUGGUGGUCCUCAUUUUAACCGUGUUCGUCGCCUUUUGCCUGCUUGUUUUCGUGCUGCGGAGAAACAAGAAGCCCGCGGCGAAGCACGAGGGCCUGGCGGGCGCCGAGUGCGGCUCGGUGCAGCUGCAGCUCAGGAAGCACGACCCCAAGGCCGCCAAGGAGGGGCUGGGCAGCGAGGCCUUCAUCCCGCAGACCAUCGAGCAGAUGAGCAAGAGCCACACGUGCGGCCUGAAAGAGUCGGACGCGGGCUUCAUGUUCUCAGAGCCCCCGGGGCAGAAGGUCCCCCUGCGGACCGGCGACAGGGACAAGGAUUUACUGCACGCGGACAGCAGGAAGAGGCUGAGCACAAUCGACGAGCUGGAUGAACUGUUCCCGAGCAGGGAUUCCAAUGUGUUUAUCCAGAACUUUCUAGAAAGCAAAAAGGAGUACAACAGCAUAGGGGUCAGUGGCUUCGAGAUCCGCUAUCCAGAGAAACCACAGGACAAAAAGAACAAGAAGUCCCUGAUCGGCGGCAACCACAGUAAAAUCGUGGUGGAGCAGAGGAAGAGCAGCGAGUAUUUCGAACUGAAGGCCAAGCUCCAGAGCUCCCCCGACUACCUGCAGGUCCUUGAGGAGCAGACGGCUUUGAACAAGAUCUAGGCCCCGCAGUUUUCCUUCAAGCAGAGGACAUUUAUUUAACGAUGAAAGUGCCUUUUGUUGACUUUUGACUCUCAAAUACUAUAUUAUCAAUAGGCAUAGAGACCCGUGUUUCCAAGGGUGUCUCAUUAGCUGUAGCUGCAGACAUGUGUCCAGUAGAAGAGAAUUUCCUUAAUAGAUUUUACUACAUAAAACCUAUACUGUGGAAGUCCUGUGGGGAUACUGCAAACUCUAUUGCCAAAGGGAUGCUUUAUAUACAUAAUACACUGACUUUAACCUCAAGAGGCAAAUCUGUUUUGUACCCCGAUGCAAAACCUUCGUCUCUUCGUGCUUUGUAAAGCGAAGUCAAGAAAACUGGUACCAGUGUUCCUGCCUCAGCUGGGUCCUUCAUCUUGCACGUAGAUUAAGUUGGUGGAACUGGAAUAAUCCUUUUGAUUUGUGGCAUUGUAACAACUCUGUGUAAAGAUUAUCUGAAAAGUUAAAAAAAAAGCAUGCAAAGAGAGAACAUUCGAUAGUAUUUGUAAAUCGGUAACCUUUAUGGCCUGCAUCUUGAAACCGCUGGAUUUAUAAUGUUAAAUUGUGCAAAUAUUUGUUUAAAAUAUACCAUGCAUCACAUAACUAUAAAAUAAAUUUGACAAUUUUAAGCAUUACUUGUCUAUACAUAAAACCCAAGAGGAAAAAAAAAAAUCAAUGUGAGUUACAUAGCGUUUGUGGUGAUCUGAAAAAAUACGUGACGUUUAUCAGAAUUAAUCAUGGCUCAAAUUAAACUAACAUUAGAGUUUGUUCUCAGUUAUGUGAAAUACCCACAAUCCUUAAAGGUUGUCCAAAAUUAGCGAAGUGCUUACCGUGUGAGCGCACCCAAAGCUAUUUUUGUAACAUAAUUCAUAUUUAUGAAGUACUUUGUAUACUAAAUAGGAAAAUAUGUACUCCUUAAUAUGUAUUUAAUAUGCCUGACUUCUUUUCCUGAUCACAGGGAAUUUAUCAAUAAGUGUAAAUUUAGACAGAAAAAAUAUACCAAACUGAAACUGAAGCUUAUGUGUACAGAAAUAUUCUGGACAUGGUGAUCAGGUAUAAUUUAAAAACAAAACAAAACAAAA